AUGCCACAACAAGCGCGUCGCGGCUAUCGUCAGCGAGUCGCUCACUUCACUCUGAAGGCGACUCUGUACGGGUCCUGGGCACUGGGCCUGUUCCCGUUCACCUACGACUCCCGGACGCGGCAGUUGAGCCGCUGCCGAUGGCUUCUAGCGUAUGGCCUGGUCCUGAACCUGGCCUUGUUGGGGCUGUCGCUGCUGCCAGACACAGACAUGAAAAAUUACGUCAAGAUAGAGGUGUUCGACCGGAAUCCCGUGGUAAAGCAUGUGGAGGGACUGGUGGAAAUUAUCAGCUUGCUGAGCGCCCUCGUUAUGCAUCUGCGAACUUUCUGGAAGAGUAAGGAAAUGGCCACCAUAAUCAGCGAGCUCCUACUCCUGGAGAAGCGACACUUCAGCCAGCUCAUCCUCAGGGACGGGGACCAGUUCGACCAGUAUGUAAUCGAGAAGUUCCUCAUGGUGCUGUUGGAAGUCUGCUCCUCGCUGGUGAUCUACUUCGGAGUACCUAACAGCCGUGUCGUGAUCACGAAAGCCUUCUGCAUCUACCUGGCGCAGUUGGCCGUGCUCCUGGGCGUGACGCACUUCCACCUGGCCGUGAUCUACAUCUAUCGCUUCGUGUGGACCAUCAACGGACAGCUGCUCGAGCUGGCCAACCAACAGCGGCGCGGCCAGCGGGUGGACACCGCUCGGAUCCAGCUGCUGCUGUGGCUGUAUAGUCGCCUGCUGGCACUUAACUCUCGACUGGCUGCCAUCUACGAUAUUCAGGUGACCCUCUUCAUGGUCACGCUCAUGUCUGCCAAUGUCAUGAUCGCCCACGUGCUCAUUAUUUUCUGGAACAACAGGAGCAGGUUCUCGCUCCUCGAAGUUGCUCUGAUAUUCCAAGCCCUAGUCAUCAAUUUCUAUGAUCUGUGGCUGAGCAUAGCCUUCUGCGACCUGGCAGAGCGCACCGGCAGGCAGACUUCGGAUAUUCUCAAGCUAUACAAUGAUGGGCAGCAAACGGAUGAAGAACUGCAGCGAAGUCUCUCGGACUUUGCACUGUUCUGCAGCCAUCGCAGGCUGAGGUUCCGCCACUGUGGACUGUUCUACGUGAACUAUGAGAUGGGUUUCCGGAUGAUCGUCACGAACAUUUUGUAUCUGGUGUUCCUGGUGCAGUUCGAUUACAUGAACCUGGAAUACAAAUAA